AUGUCUCAUAUAAGGUCCAUUUCUCUUGAUUAUGGUGGAAAAAGGGUGACUGGAGAAGAGCUGAAGAUCAAAAUCGCAAGUAAAAUAAAACUUAUGCAAAAAGGAUUAAAUCCUGUAAAUUCCUCAUUAACUUCAAAAGUAUCACUUCACAAUAUCGAAAAAGCUAAAAAUGACCUGACGAUAAGGAAACGAGAAUUUGACAGCAGCAUAUCAAAAGAAAUAGAAAAAAUCAGAAAUGAUGUGCCUUUGAAAAGCAAUACCAUGCAUAAUAAGACACCAAGCCAAUUGAUAGGACAAUUAGAAAAUUUGGAUUCGAACCGUAUGAAGCUAAUGAAGCCGAGGUCAUCAACUGUGUAUCCUAAUAGGAAAAAGGGUGGGACCACACGAAGGCAGCUUGCAUCAUUUUCUGAUAAUUUAGAAUCACGAGACUAUUCUAUUGACCUUUGUCCAAAAUUAAAGCUCUCUGGGUAUUCAUUUUUGAGGUCUGUUUAUAAAUCAAAAUCUAGCAUUGAGACGUUAAGAAAAAGACUAGAAUCCUGUGAAAGUUUAAGAUCUCAUUGUGAGGAGUAUAGCAAAAUAGCCAAUAAAAGCAUCACUGACUUUGGCGAGAUUCAGAGUGCCAAAGAAUGAGUCAAAGAAUUUGAUGAAAAUACCAAAAUGGAGUAUGGAGAAAAAGAUCCUGAAGGCAUGAAGGACGUAAAAAAUUAUAAUAAAGGAGCCGAUGAAAGGAUGAGAAAAUCGGGGAAAUCUAUUAGAGAAGAAGAGGACAAUAUAACAACUUUUAUUGCAGGAUUAGGCAAAAGAAAUAUAUGGAAAUUUGCCACACCUUCAUUUAUAAUGAGAAAGAGGAUUGGGGAACCCCGAAGCAAGGACGAAAUUCUUCAGGUGAUGUGAUAGUGGAGGUUAAAUAAGGGCUUAAGCUCUUAAAUUAAUUAAUGCGUAUGACGCACCUUCAUUUAACAAGAAAACUGAAAAGCUUUUAAAUUCGAUGCCUAUUUAUAGGUACGGCACAAGAUAA